GUUAUGUAAUGCAAGUGGAAGUUAUAAAUUAAAAGAUGAUUAACAUUUUUACUACUUCAUUUCAGAAGAGCUGUGGCCAGGAGUUAAUGGUCCGGUCCCCAAGGCAUCAGAUGAGUCACCAGACAGGAUUUCCAUGUUUGACACCCCCAUUUUUACAGAGGAAUUCCUUGACCAGACCAAAGCUCGUGAAUCAGAAUUACGGAAGUUAAGAAAGUCAAAUGUGGAAUUUGAAGAGCAGAAUGUUAUCUUACAAAAACACAUAGAGACUAUGAAUAAUGCCAAAGAGAAACUUGAACAGGAGUUGGCACUGGAAGAGAGACAAACACUGACAUUGCAGCAUCAGCUACAGGCAGUACGCCAGGCCCUGACUGCCAGCUUUGCUUCAAUUCCCAUUCCAGGUACUGGAGAAACACCAACAGAAGGAACGCUUGAUACAUACAUGGCCAAACUCCACAAUAUCAUUGGGAGCAGUCCCAUAGAAUAUGAAAAACUAGUUGGAAGGGUGCAGGAGAUCAUCAACCAGCUAGAUAGUGAUAAGUUAUGAAGAUGGGAAGAAAUGUUUGUAAAAAUGCAAAAUAACCAUAUCCAUGGUAUUGCAUCAGAGGCGGGCCGCAAUUUGUUGGAUUUUUAAAAAUAGCUAGUUUCCACCAGAGACUGUUGAUAAAUUAUGUAAAAUGUUAAUAUUUUAGUCUCCUUAUGACUGUUGCACAUAUUUGAUCUACUGGUUUUGAUAAUCCUAAAAUCUAAUGGGAUAUUUCUGAUUUGAAAGGUCUUGCUCCGUCUUGCAUGCAUGUUCAUAAUGUUUGAAUACCUUUAAUAUACGCUAAACUAGUAUAUGAAUUGAAUUAUGUGCAAAGACAGAGACCUCAAGCUAUCACAGCCAGGAGGUUCUACAUAUAAAAUGAAUUAUUUUCUGUCUGAUUGCUAAAUAGUUGCUGGUAUUUUGUACAACCGAAAGCUUGAGCGUUACAUUUUUACUUGAUGCAGUAAUGAUCUUACUGUUUGUUUAUCUUUUAGUAAUGUUUUCAAACACUAUUUUUUUAAAAAAUGCAUUUAUUUUCCAGUGCAAAAAUCGCUAGACAAAAAAUGUCAGCAACCAUUUAUAGUAUUUUACACCAAUAUAAAUAAUAUAUUCUGGACGAUAACAUAAAAUGAAAGUAUUGGAUUGUAUGAAUUUGUUCGGAAUCUGAGAUACGGUCAGGAGUUUGAAAUUCUAUUGCAUUUUAUUAGUUAAGAUUACAUCCCAUAGAAUGUAAGGGAAUGUGUAUAGUACAAGACCUGGGGAACAUGUCUUCUCGAGCAAACAAUUCCACUAUAGAAUUUCUUUAUUGCACUUGGUAUGAAAAUGCUGCAGCUCUUUUUUUUUAAGUUACUUACACAUAGGUUGUAAAUUGUAAACAUUUCUGUGCUCUGUACUAAUCAAAAUUGAUCCAGUUAAUAUCUGCAAUAUAUACAUUUUGAUUACAUUAAUUCAGUAAAUUAUUUGAGGUGACAUUAGAAUAUUGACAAUGAAUUCAUGAUAGAUGAAUAGAAUUAUUUUUCAUGUAUUCAUGUUUUCAUGACUUUUACUGGUGGUUGAAAUUUGUGAAACAGAGCUAUGCUAGUGAAGUCUUAUUGAAUACUGCUGUUCAUAUAAACCUAAUAAGAAUUGUAUGGUAAAAUCAGUGUACUCAAAUAAAUAUAUUCGCAUUACAUCUGUUCUCAUUUACUUUAAAAUGGCCACUUUUCCUUAUUCUUUCUGAACACACUCAACCUAAUCAGCAAUAUUAUUAAGUCAAGUCACUGCUGACACUGGGAUAAAUAUAGAAACAGAAGUAAGCAUGUACUUUGCCUCGUGUGUCAUUAUACAUACGGUAAACCUUUGAAGUUAAAAACUACUAACUAUAAAUUAGGUGAUCUAGUGCUAUUCAUUCUUGUGAUAUAUUUAUAUUUAUGUAAAAUAAACACUGAACUGUGCUAUAAGAUCA